AUGCCCUACGUGUCCCAGAUCAUCAUUAUAUCAGGAAAGAAAGUUUUAUCUGCCCUUGUGUUAAGUUACAAUACGUCCAACAUUGCAAAGCUCGAGUUUGCAGCACUUGAAGUUAGUGAGAAAAACUAUGUGUCAUGGAUGAUAGAUGCAAAAAUGCAUCUUGAGUCUAUGGGAAUCUCAAAUGCUAUAUAUGAAUUUAAUAACUUUUUGGCACAAGACAAGGUGAAAGCACAAGUUUUCCUUUGUAAGCAUAUUGAUGAAAUGUUGAGAUUUGAAUAUCUUGAUAUUACUAAUCCAAGUAUUCUCUGGAAUCUAUUGAAAGAAAGAUUUGAUCAUCAAAAGGAAGUUAUACUUUUAAAUGCUAGAGAUGCAUGGAGAACACUAAGGUUUCAAGACUUCAAGAAAGUAAAUGAGUACAACUCAACUUUGUUCAUAAUAUGUUCACAACUCAAGUAUUGUGGACAAGAAGUUACUGAUGAAGAUAUAUUGGAGAAAACUUACUCCACGUUUCAUGCAACAAACAUUACCUUGAUGCAACAAUAUCGGUUGCGAAAGUUCACAAGAUAUUUUGAACUGAAUGCAUGCCUGCUUGUUGCAGAGCAAAAUAAUGAGCUCUUGAUGAAAAACCAUGAAUCUCGUCCAACGGGAUCAGUAGCACUUCCUGAAGAAAAUGCUACAAAUACUAAUGGUCAUUGA